GGCAACGACGCCUGCGCAUUGUGAGCGGGAUGGCGCAUUUUCUUGCACCGAGUAAUGCGGUGUCGCUGGCGGCUGAGGAGGGCGGAGAGUUGUUUGGUGAAGUAGGAGGGAGGAUUCAUGGAGGGGUCAGGAGGACCCCGGGUCUGAACGAUAAGGUGGGAAGUUGACGCUGGGUACUGCUGCUGCCGGCCCCGCGGCGUGAAAGUUGUGAUAUCAUCCUCGAACCAUACUCAAGAGUAGACCACAGAAGACACACUUUUCAAUCUUUAGGCUCAUGAUCCUAGAGAUCAAAUCAUUGUCCCAAGAAGCAAAAGGAAGUAGACAAAGAUCAGCUUUGAAAUUUGAAAACAAUGGAGAAGACUCAAGAAACAGUCCAAAGAAUUCUUCUAGAACCCUAUAAGUACUUACUUCAGUUACCAGGUAAACAAGUGAGAACCAAACUUUCACAGGCGUUUAAUCAUUGGCUAAAAGUUCCAGAAGACAAGCUACAGAUUAUCAUUGAAGUGACAGAAAUGUUGCAUAAUGCCAGUUUACUCAUCGAUGAUAUCGAAGACAACUCAAAACUCCGACGUGGCUUUCCAGUGGCACACAGCAUCUACGGAAUUCCAUCCGUCAUCAAUUCUGCCAAUUACGUGUAUUUUCUUGGCCUAGAGAAGGUCUUAACCCUUGAUCACCCGGAUGCAGUGAAGCUCUUUACCCGCCAGCUUUUAGAACUCCAUCAGGGCCAGGGCCUCGACAUCUACUGGAGGGAUAAUUACACCUGUCCCACGGAAGAGGAGUAUAGAGCGAUGGUGCUGCAGAAGACAGGUGGGCUGUUUGGCUUAGCAGUAGGUCUCAUGCAGUUGUUCUCUGAUUACAAAGAAGACUUAAAGCCACUACUUGACACACUUGGGCUCUUUUUCCAAAUUAGGGAUGAUUAUGCUAAUCUGCACUCCAAAGAAUAUAGUGAAAACAAAAGCUUUUGUGAAGAUCUAACAGAGGGAAAGUUCUCAUUCCCUACGAUUCAUGCUAUUUGGUCGAGGCCUGAAAGUACCCAGGUGCAGAAUAUCUUGCGCCAGAGAACCGAAAACGUAGAUAUUAAAAAAUACUGUGUACAUUAUCUGGAGAAUGUAGGUUCUUUUGAAUACACCCGGAAUACUCUUAAAGAGCUUGAGUCUAAAGCCUAUAAACAAAUUGAUGCAUGUGGUGGGAACCCUGAGCUAGUAGCGCUGAUAAAACACUUAAGUAAAAUGUUCAAAGAAGAGAAUGAAUAAUAUUAAGCCAUUCUUGAUUAGGCCUGAUAGCUUACUUGUCUUUUAGCCAAUUACCUUUUUACAAAUUUGGACCAAGCUGUUAGUCUCCAAAAACAGUGAGAUGGUGUAGGUAUGAGUGAGGCUAUUCUACUUAGAAUCUUUGUGAACAGGUAAUCAUCACAGCACAGAGCUGAAGGAGUCAAAAGUUGCCACAUCCAAAUAGGUCUGCUUUGAAUGUCAGAAUGUGCUAUGUUGGGACCUUGUGGCCGAGUCUGCUGCGAAUGUUCUGUUGAUUCUGUCAAUAAAGAAGACUUCAGCUUCCAGGAA